AGUAAUUGCCAGUUAAGGCUACGACUAUAAAUUUCGCAAACUUACUAGGUACCUAAUAAUAGAAUGUCUACUUGAAGACCUCAAUGUGCCAUGUAAUUCUUGUGAUGCCGAUAUAAAUACUCCCAUGUGCCGUUGCGAGGAAACAGCUUCUUCCUACAUGCCACAUAGUGUAUUCUUUGAGAUCGCCCAAGAUGAUUUUAAUUGGAGUGCUUGGGCUGCUCUCUGCUGCCAGUGGGAGCCUUGUUCCUAGAAUAUCCCAAUCUGAACAGCAUGGGGAGAAGACAUCUGCUCAAGAUAUCGAGUGUAUGCACAAUGGAGAAACAAAAUUUGGGCCCUGUCCACCGUUGAAUUGGAAUAGUGAAGACUCAAGAAAUGAGAAGAGACAAACCGACAAAACCACUCAUAACGCCCUCCCCACGGCCGUGUCGCGAGAUAUAGUCGUCAUUUCCGGAGGCGCCAUCACAUCUCCAGUAACAAUUCCAGAUGCCGAAACCACACUCCAACCCUCUGGAACGGUAGUGAAAUCUAGCAUCACGCCUAUCUCCUCAAAGAUUUCUGAUGUUAUGCCAUUAGUGAACAAGUGGUCGGAAAAUCCGACUGCCGAAAAGGCCUCUUCAGCUAUUAAGGGUGUCACUGAGGCCAUGAUCCAAGUCGGCAGUCUGAUCAAUACAUUGCCUGGUGGUUCAUACAACUUGAACGAUUGUGAGGCCAAAAAGGAAGGCGUUGUGUCCGAAUUCAAUAUAAUUAUGUGCAGACUUAUCCGCUUGCUCGGAACCUUACAAAAGGGAAAAGAUACAAAACCAGAUUUGCUGGGCCCUAUCACGAAAGAUGCCCGUGGCGAUUCUGAGAAGAUCGUCGCUGAUCUGAAAGGCUUGGUAGUUCUGCUUGGGGUCAAUCCAAUAACAGCCUCUUCUACAAAGCACAUCGAGUCAAAAUCUACUCAUACGAGUUCUCCUGGACAAAAACCGAGCCACAUGAGUUCUGCCCGCCCAACAUCUAAUUGGAAUACAACUUCAAGCAGUCCAAAAUCCAUUUCACAAUCCACUCACACAGGCCCCAAGGCAGGCUCUAGUGGCCCAGCACGUACCAGCACAACGCCUACCGGUCCAGAAUCUAUCACUCAAAGCUCUCAUGGUUUCAAGACAUCAAACCCUACGCUAAGUACGACCAGUGCAAUAUCUACAACCCAGAACUCCACACUUCCCGCCCCUUCAACAAUCACUGCUUUACCCGUUGGAGCCGCGCUUGUUGCAGUAAAGGACUUCCCCGGGACUACGCCAACCUGGAUUGAAACAACUUCACCAGGAGCGAACCACCCCACAAUGGUUCCAGUGUUAUUUCCUAUCGUGGGGGGGAUCCCAGUCCCGAAGAUCUGCUUUGGCUGCUUCAACGUUUUCCCGCCCAACAUUGAGAUUCGGACCCCUGAGUUCUGCUUCCAGCUUUUUGGGACUAUUAAAAUUGGUAACUGCCCGAGCGACAACAAGAAUAAUGAUAAGGAUAAUAAAAACAAUGACGAUAAAAACAAUGACGAUAAACACAAUGACGAAAAUAACAAGAACGACGGCGAAAAGGAUGACAAGAAAGAUGACGACAAGGUUUCAACUACACAGGCAUCGCACACCACACAGGCAUCGCACACUACACAAGCCUCUCAAACUACGCAGGCUUCUCACACUACACAGUCUUCACAGACCACGAGUUGCAGCAAUACACAUACGGCAGAACUCACAUCGAUUAAGUGUAUCGCGAAGGCCACGGACCAGCCGAGCCCAGACUGCUCGACAAGUGUCUACACAACGGUGACUGGUUGCAGUGUUACAGCCUCAGCUACUACCACUACAUCAAUCGUCCCAGUUCCGAGCGCGAACGAGGAGUGUUCAUGGCAUGCAUGUGGCAAGACAAAUUGUUUUUCCAAAGAUGCAAUCAAAAAGCUCGAGGUUCCCCAGAAAGAAGUCAAAGCCAAACGCGGCAAUCCACAUCUCGGGGAUUGGGCCGAACCUGAGGACUAUAUUGGAUACGUGAACGGUGAAAGGGAACGGAAUUUCAUCAUUGGCGAGACGAAGAACGCCUACUCGAGUGAUAGGAUGGACCUGGGUAAUGAACAGGUUGUUGCCGUCAACUUAGUCCCUGAAGAAAACGAAGAGGAGGACAACGGGGUGGUACUGAGUUCCAGUGUUAUGCUGUUCAAGAAUCAAGUUGGAACGAUAGCUCUGAGAGGCUUGCAUGGAUGUACUUCCAUAGUGGUCGUAUCGCGACGAGGAGCAUGGGUCUCACAUAUCUACACGGAUGCAUUUCUAACGGGCGACAUGGACGUUUUUCGGAAUUGGGUCCUCCCGAAUAUCGGACGAGGCCUCUCCAAAGGCCAUCCAUACUACGAAUUGCACAAAUAUGGCCUGGCAGAAAUGCGCGGCUAUAAAUGGAACGGCGAAAUCGGUAAAGUCUUUGGUGACGAUAUUGUUGAUGAUCCAGACAACCACAUCUUCAUAUUUACGCCUCGGCCUGCUGUACCCAAGGAAAUAGUCCCUCGCUUUGCUGGCUCCGUUGGCCACGACUACGCAUUUGUCGACCCGGUCACCGGGGGUCUGUUAACGGACAGCCAGUUUCAAGGCGAAAAUUUAGAAAAAGGAAAGAUCAGGUUCGGGCAAGAACUCAUGGAGAUGGCCGAUUAUGUGAAAUCAAUACUAUGGUCGCUGACGACGAGACCGCCGAUCGAAGCAAUCGACUACGCUCCCAUGGUCCUGGGCUACGAAGACUAUAAGAAGAUGUCGGUCACCGAUAAGCAGAAGAAUACUGAAGAAGCUAUGCGCACCCUGAGAGAUGAUUAUUUCCAAACACACCGUGGCAAGUUUCUGCUGCAGUACCGCCCCGCCAAAUGCGAUCGCCAGCCCGCAUGGCGUUUGUCGUGGGUAGAGGAUACGGUGCUCCAGGUCCGUCAAGCGUCCUGGGCCCCAUAUGACAAUCAGCAUUUCCUGCGGAUGGCUCGCCGCGACAAUACGGACAAUAGCACCUGUUCUAUACCUGCGCAAUCGAGCAAACCCGCUUCUUCUUCUUCUUCUUCUUCUUCUUCUUCUUCUUCAACGACGAAGUCAACGAUGAAACCUACAACCACAUUAACAACCUCACCCAAGCAUAAUUCAACGUCAGCAACAACUACCUCGUCCACACUGACCAGGAAACCAAGCUCGUCGCCAACCCCCAGCUCACUGAGCUGCGACCAAGCAGAAUGUUCCAAGCGCGCGUGUCCCAACGGCGGGAAAGCGAGCUGCAUCGCAUCCGAACAGCUCCCCGGCGAUAAGGGGUUUGCACGGUUCUGCACCUGUCCCAAGGCCAGUUCCACGUCCACUGCCAAGUCCACGUCCACCGCCAAGUCCACCAGCACCACGCAGUCGCAGCCAUCCAAGCCAACUUCGACUUCAAAGCCAGCGUACGAGGAAGGGACCUGCAAGCUCCACGUCCGCGAAUACUCCGCCGGCAUGUUCAAAGGUCUGCGCGUGGAGAUGAACCUAACCGACAACGCCGGGCGCCUCGUCCACGCGUUCCCGAAGAAGGAGGUCGGGUGGCUGACCAAGGUGUCGCUCAACGAGGCCGCGCAGAAGCUGCCGCACGUCCCCGCCGUCUCGUUCACGGGCACGCUGCCGCCGGGCGUGGCGGUGGAGAAGUGUGGCACCAAGAAGCGGGGGGAGGAGGAGCAGCAGCUGGAGAAGAGGUGUCUCGGCUCGCAGUACAGGCAGUGGGUUGUCCAGUUCGAGUAUGGGACGCAGAGCUGGACGAGCGCGCAGACGGAUGGGGGGAAGGUGCCGUAUUGUAGGACCGGGGGAUGGGCGGACCACGAGGUCGGCGCGCCGACGAGGGAUAUGGAUUGUUUUUUUAAGUGUUAGGGGGGGUUGCUGGGGAAGAGGGAUGGGAGGCGUGGUAAUUUUUUUUGGCAUUGUAGUUCACUGGUUAAAAGUCGUGGCGUGAGUGUUUCGUGGUGUUAAUCAGUAGGUGCUAGGUGCUUAGGUAGAUCGAUAGGGGUAACCUUGGUAGGAACACUUCCUACCUAGUACGUAUAGCUGAAUACCUUCAGGGCUUCUAUUGUGUCCUAGAUAUAUCACGACGUCAGCCUCAUUCCUUCUAAUCUAGGUAGUUUUGCAGCAUAUACCCA